CUGUACAGUAUAUCAUGUUGGCUGUGGAGCGGCAGCGCGAGUAAUUGGUGUCACACCAACCGGUUUAUUAUGCGCAAGAAAAUCAGAUAAUUUUCUGUUUUUGUAGUUAUUGUUUGUUUCCCCCCCCCCUUUGCAGAGAAACAAGGACGUUCUUUGUUUUCAAAGCAGGUGCAGUCGCUGUCAGGACGACUACUGUUGUUGAUGUCAUCCGCGGCGGAGCUGCAGCGACCUUCAAUUCUUCAACGAGACCAGGAUAAACAAAGAGGGAUUUAGUGCUUUUUCUUUUCUUUUCUUUUUGGGGGUCGCCUUUCGCUUUUGCCGCUUUCAUCAGCUGGCAGGAUGGGGCUCCUGCUGCAUUGUCUCCUGCUGCUCGCCGUCUGCGCUCUCCCAGCCGGUGGCUUGGAUUUCCAGCCGGGAUCCAAAGCUCUCGGACAGCCGGUGUUCGUGAGGCGCUCCGUGGAGAGGAGAGCCGCGCAAAUCGCGAAGAGGUCCCUGCCGUCGUGGCUGGGCGCAUCGCACCACCACAGGAUACGGCGAAGGAGCGUCGACCAGGGCGAGUCGUGCAAAAAGCACGAAGGGUAUCAGAGCAAGUUAAAAGACAACACCCACAGUUAUACACUGAACGACCUGAGUGGCUCCGUGUCACUGGCCUGGGUUGGAGAUGGCACAGGGGUCAUACUGGCUUUGACCACAUUCCAGGUCCCUAUCUUCUUGUUGAAAUUCGGCCAGUCCAAACUCUACCGUAGUGAGGACUACGGGAAGUCGUUUGAGGACGUGACCAACUUAAUCAACAACACGUUCAUUUCAGCGGAGUUUGGCAUAGCAAUCGGCCCUGAGAAUUCAGGCAAAGUGAUCCUGACAGCUGAAAUCUCUGGAGGAGAUGGGUAUCGGAUUUUUGCCUCCAGUGACUUUGGGAAGACUUUUGCCCACCUGAACUUGCCUUUCAAUCCCAUGAUGCAGAUCUCAUACAACCCUGAGAACUCCAAUGUGCUGGCAGUCCUCAGCAUGAGGAAUGAACUUUGGCUUUCGGAAGAUUUUGGACGCAACUGGAAGAAAAUCUCCGACAUGGUGUGCCUUUUUAAAUGGGGAAGAAAAAAUACCAUCUUCUUCACAAGCAGCCAAAAUGGAUCCUGCAGUGACAGGGGAAUGUUGCAGCUAAAGAGAACCACAGACUUGGGUAAAACCAUCAAGACUGUUGCCAGCAAGAUCUUCUCUUUUGGCCUGGGUGGACGCUUCCUCUUUGCUUCAGUAAUGACGGGAAAGGGCACUAUGAGGAUGAUCCACGUGUCUGUGGAUCAGGGUGAGAACUGGAACAUGGCUCAGCUCCCUCCGGUUGGCCAUGAGCAGUUCUACUCCAUCCUGGCAGCAAAUGACGAUAUGGUCUUCAUGCAUGUUGACGAGCCUGGAGAUACUGGUUUUGGUACAAUUUAUGUUUCGGACGAUCGAGGCACGGUCUACUCCAAGUCACUGGAGCGUCAUCUUUAUACGACGACGGGGGGCGACACCGACUUCACCAACGUCACUUCCCUGAGAGGAGUCUUCAUCACCAGUGUGUUGGCAGAAGAUACCUCUGUGCAGUCUGUGGUGUCCUUUGAUCAGGGAGGAGAGUGGGUUCCCCUGCAGAGACCUGCCAACACCAAGUGUGACGCUACAGCCAAGGAUCCAGACAAGUGCAGUCUCCACAUCCAUGCGGCUUACAGCAUUGCUAUGAAGCUGGACGUCCCCAUGCCGCCCCUGACGGAGCCAAACGCUGUGGGUCUAAUCAUAGCUCAUGGCAGCGUCGGGGACGCCAUCUCUGUGAUGAAGUCGGAUGUUUAUGUGUCCGAUGAUGGAGGCUACACCUGGAUAAAGGCUCUUAAUGGGCCCCAUCACUACGCCAUGCUGGACUCAGGAGGGCUGCUGGUGGCUGUGGAGGACAAUGGCAAACCCAUCAACAAAAUCAAAUUUUCCACCGAUGAAGGACAGUGCUGGAGUAUUUACGAAUUCACCAAAGAGCCAAUCUCGUUCACGGGGCUGGCUUCAGAGCCGGGAGCUCGCUCCAUGAAUGUCAGCAUCUGGGGCUACAAAGAUUCCCUGAUCACUCAGAACUGGGUCUCCUUCACCAUCGACUUCAGGGAACUGCUCACCAGAGACUGCAACGACGACGACUAUGUGCAGUGGUUGGCCCACUCUGAUGACAUCAGUGACCCGACAGACGGCUGCAUGCUGGGUUACAAAGAGACGUUCUUGCGGCUCAGAAAGGACUCCGUUUGCUGGAAUGGACGUGAUUACACUGUGAACACACAGCCAACUCCAUGUGCAUGCACCCUGGACGACUUCUUGUGUGACUUUGGAUACUCGCGUAAAGAGAACAGCUCUGAGUGUGUGGAGCAGCCGGACCUGCAGGGCAAAGUGUUGGAGUUCUGCCUGCAUGGCAAAGAGGAGCAACUGCAGACCAAAGGGUACAGGAAAAUCCCUGGAGAUAAAUGUGAAGGAGGACAGAUGCCUCAACGUAAAGAGAUUGACCUCAGUAAGAGGUGUGUCAGUGAUCUUGUAUCUCCAGAGCUUCAGACAGACGGUCACUCCUCCAAGUCUGUGGCCAUACUGUUAGCGGUCGUAGUCGUCAUGCUGCUGAGCGUCGCAGCAGGAGUGGUCUUUGUCAGGAAGUACGUCUGCGGCGGCAGGUUUUUGGUGCACAGGUACUCUGUGCUGCAGCAACACGUUGAGGACAACGCUGCAGACGGGAUAGAUGAGCCGCUGGACACCAACCACGCCCCCAACGGCAAAAUAGAGUUUCACGAUGACUCUGAUGAGGAUCUGCUUGAAUAGCAGGCGCCACCUCUUAACCAAGCGAGCAACAGGUUGUCCCGCAGCCAGCCGCUGUUCCCGUCACUCUCCUCUCCAGCUACUUUUUCCUUCCACCCUCUGAUGUAAACUUCAGCCUCAGCGACAGAGACUCUGCUGUCAUUGGCUAAGUCAAAUGAAUGUAAGAAGGCUUCCUGAGAGCUAAUGCCGCAGUUGGGGAGAACCAUGAAAGAAGUCGUGUUUAAGGUGUCGGUUGUACUGAGUAAGUUUUAAACUUUCAGUUAUUUAUUUCACUAAAUGAAGAAACAGCUGAGCUGCUGAGAAAAUUUGACUAGCGCACUAGGAAUGAAGGAAAAGUGAGUUGUAUAAAGUCUCCUCUGUUUUACGGGUCCUGCCUCUUCCAUUUCCUUGAAGUGCUCCUGGAAAUCUUUUUUUUUUCACUUUUGAAGAUUUGUCUUGUACAUAAAUACUGUUUUCCUUUAACGAUUUCAAUCAGAUAUCAAUUUGGAGAUUUUCUAAAGGGCCACAACUGGCCUCUAGCUAAUAUUAAUCUUCACAGAUGAGUCGAGUCUUAAUCCCUUCUUUUAUCGAAGUAUUUUCCCAAAUUGUUUCCAUGUUUGUAGAAAUUUUGCCCGUUGGUGAAAUCUUCCACAUUUCUCUGUGUUCUUGGAGUGCAAGUAUGUAGAUCUUUGCAUUGCGGUGAAGAAGUAAGAAGAGAUGCACCGAUCAGAGUUUUUCCGGCCAAUACUGAUUCCUAUUUUCUAAUUUUGACAGUUUUUUCCCCCCAGUUUGACUACAUCACAUAAGUUAGUAGUUUUAAUGCAGUUUUAUUUAAGAGGUGGAAAUAUUGAAUCCAACAAAAAAUAAGGAAAUUAUAUUAUCUACAUUUAAGCAUAUUUUCCUUUCCUUAUUUUUAAUAAAGACAUUACGUUGAAUGCUUUUGACUGAUAUAUUAAUUGGCCGUAAAUUAUGCGAAUUCUUAGAUUUGACGCAUUUAACAGGGAAAGUAGGAAAUCAUAUUUUCCAGUAUUUGCUUUACCAAUCACCAAUCGGAGCAUCGGCCUGUUUCCGGUCUCUUGCUGAUUGAUCGGUGCAUCUCUCAUAAUAAGGCAUCUCUAUGAGGUUUGAUAGCAAUAACCUGUGAAGAUUUUGUAUGUUUAAGACAUUGUCCAUGCAUGACAAAACAUCUCUUAGAGUUGUUGGUUGUCUUGUUAAAGCUCAGACUGCAGUCCUAACUACUGAAAGCACAAAAGCCCCCUUGUACGUUCGGCAUUUGUCGAUCAUUUUUCCUAAACGAGACCUGUUGUAACAGUAGUGAUCGCUGUCAUCCUAUAUACCUGUGUUUGUAAUAAUCUGAGCAGUUUUUAUACUAACUUCUACAAAAUAUGUGACAUAUCUUUUGCAUUAACUAGAAAACCAAAUGCAUAAAAAAAAAAAUUGGUGACGAAAACAUAACAGCAAUUCAAAGAAGGUAAUUAAUUGUGUAAAUGUUGUAAAGCAUAAUUACUGUAGCCUGGUAGGGGUUGGAUGAGCUGCAAUACAAACGUUAAUGUUUGUUUCUGGUUGCGUCUUUUACACUGUUUUAUCUGUAACCAUGUCAACCACGUCUCUGAUUUGUCUUAAAAACAUUUUCGCACAGUCUUGUUUUAAAUACUUUAUAGGUUUACAUUAUUUAUAACCAGCUGGUGUAGAGUGCAGUAAAUUGGAUGUGGUUAAACAAGUGCCUGGUGUGAUAAUCUGACAUGUGGCCGGCGUCCACCAUCUUAUUAGUUUUAACGGUUAAUGUCGGUGACAACCCCAAGCUUCACUUAUUACCCCGAUAAAGACUCCUGGCGCAGUAAAUAUCUAUUUUAUACAGGUUAGUGCUAAACUGCAUGUAAACAUGUGAAUGAUACUUAACUCUAAAAGGUUUUUAAGCAAAAACUAUUUUUGGGGGCUGAUAUUAAAAUUGGUUCUGGUUGAGACGGUUUGACAAGAAAUUAAGUACAAAAGAGAAAAAGGUUACUAUGUAGCUGCAUUACACUGGAAAAUGAGAUCUAUUUAAUGAAGCUUUAUUGCAUUGUGUUAAAGAAAACACGUUUUCCUUGCAUUUUCGAACUGAUGUAUCGAUUUUAAAGAGUCUUUGUGAUUGGUUGUGUAAAUAUUCAAGUUUGAACAUUUGUAACUGCUGUUUCUCUUUACUGUGUAUUGGAGGCUCUUUUCUUUGGGUUUGGCAAUAAAGUCGUGUUCCUCUUU